UUUCCGUUCUACACGCGUCUUCCCUUAUAAACCCACGGUUGUAGCAGCUUGUCCUGCUCUCUCUAAAAGUCAAAUCUUCGUUUUUAUAUUCUUGGGUGUUUCUGAUCUGUUGUUGCUUACUGAGUGUGUGAAGACCGAGUUGUUUUCUGUCCUAGUUUUGCUCCCGAGUCCAAUGGAGAGUGGAGGUAGUUCUAGAGGAAGAGGAACCGGUGUUAGUGGUAGUUAUCAUGGUCGUGGAAGGGGAAGAGGCAGAGGUAGAGAUGGCGGUAGGGAUCAUCAUCAGCAGCAGCAGCCGCCGCCUCAUCUGACGGGGUUAGGCCGAGGACGAAGUGGGCCCCACUGGAAUCGAACUAACCCUCAAGCGAGUCCUCAUCAAGUUACGGGACAGGAGGGCGGCGGCGUACGAGGUGGUUACGCUGGUGGCGUUCGCGGAGGUGGCGGCGGAAAUGGUGGAAGGUUAGGCUGGGUUGCUCGGUCUCAGUCAGAGAAACCGAGUUAUAGUCACGCGACGGAAUCAGCGGGCGGCAGAGGCGGUGGAACUGGCGGGGUGCCACAGGGAAGACUGCGGCGGCCAGUUGCUGGUCAGACACCGGAGCCUGAAGUUGACAGAGCGGCAUUGCCUUCCAGCUCUACACAGCCUGCACCUGUUCCUGCUGUGAUUAAUAUUAUAGAACAGUUGGCUUCUACAUCAUUAUCUCCGGGGAAUGAGAAUAGAUACAACCCUAUAAUGCGACCUGAUGAAGGUGGAAAAGCCUCUGUUGCAACUGUUAGGCUUAAUGUCAAUCAUUUUCGUGUUAACUUCAAUCCCGAGAGUAUCAUUAGGCACUAUGACGUUGACAUCAAGACAGUGGAGCCACCCAGGAAUGGCCGCGUUGCCAAACUAUCUAAGCUACAACUGUCUACUAUCCGGUCGAAGUUGUUCACUGAUAACCCUCAAUUGCCAUUGUUGAUGACAGCGUAUGACGGUGAAAAGAAUAUGUUUAGUGCUGUCAGAUUACCUGAAGGAGAAUUUAAGGUGGAAUUGUCUGAGGGUGAAGACUUGAAGCCCGGUGAAUAUAAAUGUUCUAUAAAGCUUGUGAAUGAGCUCAAACUUUGCAAGUUGCGUGAUUACUUGUCGAAGAAUGACUCCUCGAAUCCCCGUGACAUAUUACAGGGGAUGGAUGUAGUUAUGAAGGAGAAUUCAGUUAUGCAUAUGAUUCCUGUUGGCCGAAGCUUCCAUCCUACCAAAGAGUCUCCAGAAGAUGAUCUUGGAUAUGGCAUCACAGCAUCUAGAGGAAUCCAUUAUAGCCUCAAGCCCACAUUCGAGGGUCUGGCUCUUUGCCUGGAUUAUUCGAUUUUAGCAUUUCGCAAGAAAAUGUCGGUUCUGGAAUUUCUAGCUGAACACAUUCCUGAUUUUAACGUGAACAAUUUUCGAAGAUUCAGGCGAGAUGUUGAUAUAGUGUUGAAAAACUUGAAGGUUAAUGUAACCCAUCGAGUUACCAAACAGAAGUAUGUUAUAGUUGGGUUGACGCGGGAAGAUACUCGCCGUGUUUCAUUUCCAGAUGCAAAUGAUAUUCGAAAGAAUAUUAGAAUUGUUGAUUAUUUCAAGGAGAAAUACAACAAGAACAUUACCCACUUGGACAUUCCUUGCCUAGAUGUGAGCAGGAACAAGCGAAUGAACUAUAUCCCGAUGGAGUUCUGUGUCUUAGCUGAGGGGCAGAUUUAUCCAAAGGAGUAUUUGGAUGACAAUGCCGCCUUGUUAUUGAAGAAUAUGUCCUUGGCAGAGCCACGUGUAAGACAAAGCAAUAUCUGUGGUAUGGUUCAAUCCGAGGAUGGACCAUGUGGUGGAAACAUCAUCCAGAAUUUUGGUAUUGAAGUCGAUAUUAAUAUGACACCUGUGGAAGGACGUGUGAUUGAACCUCCGGUUUUGAAGUUGGCUGCUCCUAGAACUGGCAAAUUGAUGAAGAUAACAGUUGACAAACAAAAAUGCCAGUGGAACCUGGUUGGAAAAGCUGUUGUGGAAGGAAAAUCAAUUCAAUGCUGGGGUGUAAUUGACUUUACCCGUUAUGAAGAACGAGCCAGACUGAAUUGUCGUACAUUCAUUCUGAAGCUGAUAGAUAGGUGCAGGAAUCUUGGGAUGAGAUUGGAGGAACCUCUCUAUGAAAAGGCUGGAAUGCAAAUAUUGUCCAAUGUUAAUGCACUUGGUCAACUGCUUGAAGGAGUUACCAGUCAAGUAGGUAGAGGAAAUUUACAGUUUCUACUUUGCGUGAUGUCGAGGAAGGAUGACGGCUACAAAUGUCUCAAGUGGAUCUCCGAGACGAAAAUCGGUGUGGUGACCCAGUGUUGUCUGUCCUAUCAUGCUAACAGAGGGCAGGACCAGUACCUUGCUAAUCUUGCUCUAAAAAUCAAUGCCAAGCUCGGGGGCAGCAACGUGGAGCUGAAUGACCGGCUUCCCCACUUCCAUGGUGAAGGUCAUGUUAUGUUUGUUGGAGCAGAUGUUAAUCAUCCUGGCGCUCGUGAUAAGACUAGCCCAUCUAUAGCGGCUGUAGUAGCAACAAUGAACUGGCCUAAAGCUAAUCGUUAUGCAGCAAGGGUUCGCCCUCAGCUUAAUCGCAAAGAACAGAUCCUAGAGUUCGGUAAAAUGUGUUUGGAGCUUGUUGAAUCUUAUGGUCGUCUAAAUAAUGUCAAACCAGAAAAAAUUGUGAUCUUCCGUGAUGGAGUUAGUGAGGGUCAGUUUGAUAUGGUUCUUAAUGAAGAGUUAAUGGAUAUCAAGAAUGCUUUCCAGAAAAUAGAUUAUUUUCCUACAGUCAGUGUUAUUGUUGCUCAGAAGCGUCACCAAACUCGUUUCUUCCCAGUGAGAGAAAAGGAUGGUGGUCCUAACGGAAAUAUUUCACCAGGUACGGUAGUUGACACUACAAUUGUGCACCCUUUCGAGUUCGACUUCUAUCUUUGUAGUCACCACGGAAGCCUCGGUACGAGCAAGCCUACGCACUACCAUGUCUUGUGGGAUGAGCAUGGGUUCUCCUCCGACCAGUUGCAAAAGCUUAUUUACGACAUGUGCUUUACAUUUGCGAGGUGUACAAAACCGGUAUCUCUGGUCCCACCUGUGUACUACGCCGACCUCGUUGCUUAUAGGGGACGGCUGUACUAUCAGGCAAUGAUAGAAAGAAAGUCUCCUCUAACAUCGUCAACCUCAUCUUCAUCAUUGACAUCGUCGUCAUCAAUGUCAUCGGCAGCUUUGUUCCAGGACUGGUUUAAGCUGCAUGCGGACCUGGAAAACAUGAUGUUUUUUAUUUGAAGAAUGGCCGAAUUUCAUCUGACAACGAAAACGCCUCGAACGCAGGUUUACUCCUUCCCUAAGCUCGGGUUUGUUCGUGAAUCUAAUGGGUAUGAAGGCUUUUCUAGCAUUUCCUCUUUUACAUUGUUGCUUUAUGCAUGCGAUGAGUUGAGGGAACUGAAUGUUUUGUUUGCUUACGUUCUGCUUUUUUUCUCCCCUUUUUUUUAAACUUUGUUGUCAACUCUUUUGUGUUGCAUUUUGUGAUUUUUAUGUUAUGUUAUUUUGACUCUUUGACUUGCCAUGUGCUGAGGUGUGCAAUGUUUAGAUUUAGGGUAAAUUAUUUCAUGUCAUUGAACUGUAGAC